GCCACCUAUGUGUGCUUUGUCAGGCGGCGAGGCCACGGGUUUAGAUGCAAGGGUAAGCGGUGCUGUGGCAGCCCUGGAGACAACAGAUCGGUAUUUCUCGGAGCCAUCGAUGGAGGCGGAUUCAUCAAUGGAGGUGAGAGAAGUGGAGCCUGCUGUAAAAAGGGCUGCUGAAUGGGAUCCGGAUCUGCGGUGUGCAAAUGUGCCUUGUCAGGGUGCUGUGUCGGGAGAGAUAGAUGCCGGCUCGAGUAGUGCUGGUAAUCAAUCGGAGUACUGUCCUGCUGUGUUCAUUACUACCCCACCGGAGGCCUGCGCUGCCUUUGGUUUUUCUGCUCUCACUGGUGCUCUGCAAUCUGAGGUGUUCGUGGGAGCACAGGGUUGUAAUGAUGAGUCGAUUACUGAUGACUUUGUUCCAGGGCUGCACGGCCAGUAGUUAUAUCAAAGCAGUUGAUCGCGAAGGAAAUAUCGCGUUGCCUGCAGCUUCAAGUACAUGAUUGGGGUAUUGUCGAUGAGCCAGAGGGUGGCCUUCGUGGUUGGAUUGAGAUGGAAGCAGAAAUUGUGAGGUCGGUGGUCCUAAUGUGAAGCAGAAAUUCAUCGGUGAUAAUGCUUUGGGUAGGUAUGAUGCUAUGGAAAGUGCUAGUGAUGACCUUAUCAAGCACAUGUGUAAGCGAAGUGGUGUUAUUAUUAAGGAUAUCAAUUACGAUGAGGUGAAGAAAUUAGAAUGGAGGCUAUCUGCUGAGAAAGAUUGGUCAAAACUGUUCUGUGAUAAGCUGGCUCAAAGAAUGAAAGAAGGUAGAGCAAUGUGCUUUGGUUAUACAAAUCUUGUUGGAGAUGCCAAGAAAAUCUGUCAAAAGUUCAAGGAUGUCCUGCCUAUAGGUACAAUUGGUGAGGAAGACCUGCUUCUUGGAAUGGAUGAUGUGAAGGUUGUGUAUAAUGGCCCAAGGCAUCCUGAAUCAAGAAUGGAGCAGCUUGCUUUUGAUUUAGUGUCUCUUGUUAAUAAAAGUGCUGAUCUGGAACCGAUGGUCCGGCAGAUGGAGAAGAUGGGGCAGGGAUCUUCCAAGCGCAAGAUAUAUCGCCGUGUCUGAAGUAAUGGA